CGGAGUGAAAGGUGCGUUUGGUUAUCUGGGUGCUGUGGGACACUUCUUUGAUUUUAGUUAAUGCGCUUUUUCGGAGACUCGUUGUGACUCCCACUUGACCCCUCUUUUUUUAAGACUAAUUAUGCACCGACAAAACUUCCGUUCUCCAUCUUCAUCUUUUACCGGGGGCAACGCAGGGAGCCCGGGAUCUUUCCGCAGCCCAAUUUCUUAUCAAGGCGGAGGUCUCCCGGGCCCCAUGCUGCCUCCGCCGCCCAUUCCCAACUGGGGCUACGGCAGCCCCCGCACCCCUCCGUUCGGUCACUGGCCGCCAAGGGGCGGCCAGUCUCCGCGCUCUUCCCCAAACAGUGGAAUGGCUCCACCUUUCCACGGUGGAAGAUUCGGGGGGCAUCAGUCUCCAAGCAACAACACGCCGCCCCGAAGGCCGAGUCCUCGGUACAACUCGCCCCCGUACAACAAAUCUCCUGGCGGAAGUGUGGCUCAAUUUCAACACCGCGGCUACUCUCCGAGGCAGAGUUAUCAGGGUUCACCCAGGACAUCUACACCAUUUGGUACAGCGCAUGGCAGAGAGAAAAGAGUGUCUAAUGAUGUGGAAAACUAUUACAGACCUUCAAUGCUUGAGGAUCCAUGGGCUAACCUAAAGCCAUUAUCUUAUUCAGACAUAAAUCAAAAUGAGAUCAAUGCGCAAACAACAAAUACUGGUAAAAAGGGGAGGUAUUUUAGUUAAUACUUCUAAAGCCUAAUUCUCCCAGUAGACUUAAAACAACAAAUGGUCAGCACAGUUCCGUGCAUAUUUUUUUUUUAUUUGAAAGUUUUCAGUCUCUUUUAUCCAAUUUAUUUUUUAUGUCGUCAGGAAAGAAAAACAUUUUGUAAAUGUUCUGGAAAGCUAGAUCUGUGAUAGAAUAAUUCAGGAAGCAUGCACCAGCAGUGAAGAACCUUUAGUUCUCAAUCACCAGCUUUUUGAUUGGCGACUGUUUUACACAGGUUUCAGAUUCCAGUUCUCUUUACACAUCUGCAACAUUUAGGCUUAAGUUAAAGCCUAUUUUUUUACACUUUCUUCCCUUAAUGGGAUUUAUUUUUAGGAAUCAAACUGGAAAUACAAUAUGGGUUUCCAAGUAUUUGUUUAUGCCAUAAGAAUGUACUUUGUACUGUUUUUUUUCCAGAGGCAUUGUGGUAGUUUUGUAUAACUGAUAUUGGUUACCCUGGCAAAUAUAAAUAUUGUAAAUAUGUUAAUGUGUUUUGUACAUUGGUAUUUUGUUUAUUUUAGUAGCAAGUAAAGACUUUUAAUGAGCACUAGAAGUUUAUUUUACAGAAUAGGAUUUGUAAGAGAUGUGGAGAUGUCAAAUGUUCAGUAUUAUUUAAAGCGAGCUACAGGGAGAUAGGAACAUAUUGCUUCCUAAUUUGCCAUUUUAUUACAAAAAUAUAAUUCAAGUGUGUUUUGUGUUUAUCAAUUUCUUUGGUAAAAUAUGCAGUUGCUUUUUAUUUAGCAUGUUUUCACUGCAUUUGUGAAAUGUAUUUUAAAUUUAACAAGUGCCUAAAAUCUAAGGGUUUUUUUAUGAUCACAAAGUAUGAUCUUUUGUUUGGUGUUUCUGAAGAAAUACUGUUAAAUCAAUCCUUAGUACAAAUGUCAAUUCAGUCUUUGAUUUAUACUUUCCUCUAGAUCUUUUUAAGGUUUUAGUAUUCUUUUACUAGAUGAACCUGUAUUAAACAAAUAACUUGUAACAUUAAAAUUGCCCUCCCUGUAUCUGCAAAA